GGGAAGGCGCCAAUUUAAGCCCUUCUUUCUGGCCGACCCACCAAACAAAAUAUCUCUCUCUCUCUCUCGUAGUCACACAGAACACCAAAGUCUUGUUAGUUGCGGCUCGUAAGACAUUAUGGGAGAGGCUUCCAAAGAAGUGCAGCUCCGCAUCAUAACGCAAAAUCAAGAACAUGCCCGUUCAAGCAGCUCCACCUCCACCAACACACAGGACCUCCUGAAUCAAUUCCAGAAUUCCAAAUGCAGACCCUACAAGUGGUGGCUGAAGGUGGCAGUCUACUCUUUCUGCGUCCUCUCCGGCCAGACUGCAGCCACCCUUCUCGGCCGGCAAUACUAUGAUAAGGGUGGCAGCAGCAAAUGGCUGGCCAGUCUUGUCCAGCUCUGUGGCUUCCCCAUCCUCAUAUCUUACUACUUCCUCUUCUCCUCAUCCACCUCAUCGGAACACGCCCGCCCUAAUUAUGCCCCUGCCGAAGUUGCCCUGGCAGAUAAUGAAUCGCCACCCCUAGGCCCGUCCCUAUGGACACUGGCAUGCUUUUACAUCUUGCUCGGGACACUCGUGGCAGCUGACUGCUACUUGUACUCCGUCGGGCUCCAAUACCUCCCAGUGUCAACAUACUCUCUUAUUUGCGCCUCGCAGUUGGCCUUCAAUGCCAUGUUCUCGUUCUUCCUCAACUCCCAGAAAUUCACUCCCUUCAUCGUAAACUCUCUGGUCCUCCUCACCAUCUCUUCGAUCCUUUUGGUCUUUCAGACCGGCUCGGAAAAGCCCGCAGGAGUGUCGAAAUUGAAAAAUGUCAUUGGAUUCAUUUGCACCCUUGGAGCUGCUGCUGGGUACGCUCUGACGCUUUCUCUGACUCAGCUGUUCUUCAAGAAGGUUAUCAAGAAGGAGACAUUCAAGGCAGUAAUCGACUUGAUAAUCUUCAAAUGCCUGGUCGCUACGUGCAUAAUCGUGGUGGGGCUAUUUGCGAGCGGGGAAUGGGAACACUUGACAGCAGAGAUGGAGCGGUACAAACUGGGGAAGAUCUCAUACAUCAUGAACCUUACAUGGACGGCAGUUUCUUGGAAAAUCUUUGCAAUUGGGUCGAACGGCCUGAUAUGCGAUGCCUCUUCCCUCUUCUCGAAUUCCAUCAGUGUUGUGGGGCUGCCCAUCGUGCCUGUCCUUGCUGUCUUCUUCUUCCACGACAAGAUGAGUGGUGUCAAGGCAAUCGCGAUGGUUCUAGCCGUCUGGGGUUUUGCUUCUUAUGUGUAUCAACACUAUCUCGAUGAUUCCAAGUCGAAGAGAAGUGCCGGGCAUGCAGAAAGAUGGUAUAUUUCCUAGUAAAAGAAAUACACAUAUACAUAUAUGUAGGUAACUAAACAAAUAUGGGAAAAGAAAAGUGGUGCGAGAAAAGGAUAACAAGGGCUUGUACUUUUUAGUUUUACGGGAAGAGUUACUUCCAAUUUUUCUACUUUUUUUCUUUUUUAACUUUUGAAAUUGGAAACUUGAAAUCUUAAGAGGGCAAAUAACUUUUCUAGAUGAAUGUAAAGUUUUCACA